AUGGACAUGACCUCACAGCCCCUCGCCCAGCUGUGCCAAGAGACUUCCGCGGCCGGUGCCAGCUCAGGACCUCAACCCGAUCCUAAGAGGCAGAAAACUCAGGAGGAAGCUGCUCGAUCCGCACUGGAAAAACAUGUCGCAGAGAUCGAGGAGACGAUCAAGAUCGCCAUAAUCUCUAUGAAUGAAGAAACGGCUCGUCUAGCCAGGUGCACGAGGACAGCGAAUGACUCGGGCAACAAAGAAGCCAUAAGACAUUUGUAUGUAGAAACAUCAUUAAAAAUGAGGGCAUUUUUUUUCAAAAAACAAUGGGAACUGUCAUAG